AUGACGGCGAUCUACAUCAAGAAUCGCCUACCAUCGCCCAAGUGCCAAGAUCAAACCCCGUUCGAGAUCGUCAACGGAUUUCGACCAAGUGUGAAGCACAUGCGGGUUUUCGGCUGCCGAACGUUUGUGCUGACCCCUAAGGAAAAGAGAUCGAAAUGGGAUCCAAAGGCUCGUGAAGGACGAUUCAUGGGGUACGAAGAAGUGUCAAAGGCAUAUCGCGUUUACGAAAUUGAAGCGGAUCAAGUGGUGAUAUCUCGCGAUGUCACAUUCGACGAACCAACGUUUGGUUUCUCGCCGACGCUACCACAAGAAAUUGUUGAUGACACUGCGCUGGAUAUCGAAUCGAUGAACAUCAGCGAUGAGCCUCACCCUAUGGAGUUCAAGCAAAUUGGAAAACGCAAAAGCCGUUCAAACAGCCAAGAACAAGCUCUACAACGGACACUUCCUGAGCGUCGUGGAACCGGGUUCGAAGAAGCAAGUGCACCGGAUGACUUUGAAACGCACCAAGCGAAGCGACGGUCAAGCGCUCGAGCAAAUCUGGACGAAGAGCAAAAGGGCAGUGACGAAGAUAACGAGGAUGCUGUUGAAAAGACAGCGGCUGUGAAGAAGACACCUCGUCAAGCUGCGUCAAGUGUUGAAGCAAGUGGAAGACCAAGCUUCGCUAUACCGGUGGGUACCGGUAUGUACCAGUAA